GAGUCCGGCCUCUCUCUCUGAUGGCGUACUGACUCACCGGGUGCUUCCUGGAGAGUCACUGCUGGAUUUCGCCUAGCACUGCUGGAUUUCCUCCCCCAGGAGGUGGGGCGUUAGCAAUCGGGUUUGGGUUUGAGCCCCAACUUUUACACCCCGACCCGGGAGAGUCCCCGGCCACCCCGGAAGCGGUCCAUAGGUGGCAGCACGGACCCCGCCGCCCGCGGCUGCCCGCUGUCCGGCCGGCGCUCUGCAGGCCGCGGGCUGGCUGCGUCCGGGACCCGGCGCCGAGCAGGCCGGGAGCGGCGGAGGCCACACCCCGCGUUGGAGGCGCUUUCCGCCGCGUGAAUCAUCGCCCGCAGCGGCGGCGCCCGCAGUCCGCUGCAGCGCCCCGGGCCUGGCCGCGCCCUAGCCGAGCGCAGCGCACGGAGGCCCCGCAACCUCGCGCCCGCGCCGGGAGCCGCACCAUGGCGGGCAUCGCAGCCAGGCUGGUGAAGGACCGCGAGGCGGCCGAGGGGCUGGGCUCGCACGAGCGAGCCAUCAAGUACCUCAACCAGGACUAUGGCCUGCGGAACGAGUGCCUGGAGGCCGGGGCGCUCUUUCAGGACCCCGCCUUCCCCGCCCUCCCGUCGUCCCUGGGCUUCAAGGAGUUGGGACCGUACUCCUCCAAAACUCGGGGCAUCGAGUGGAAGCGCCCCACGGAGAUCUGCGCUGAUCCUCAGUUUAUCGUUGGAGGAGCCACCCGCACAGACAUCUGUCAAGGAGCCCUGGGUGAUUGCUGGCUGCUGGCAGCCAUUGCCUCCCUUACCUUGAAUGAAGAAAUCCUGGCCCGAGUGGUUCCCCUAGACCAGAGCUUCCAGGAAAACUACGCCGGGAUCUUCCGCUUCCAGUUCUGGCAGUACGGCGAGUGGGUGGAGGUGGUGGUGGAUGAUAGACUACCCACCAAGGACGGGGAGCUGCUCUUUGUGCACUCAGCCGAGGGGAGUGAGUUCUGGAGCGCUCUGUUGGAGAAGGCCUAUGCCAAGGUCAAUGGAUGCUAUGAAGCGCUCUCGGGGGGUGCCACCACCGAGGGCUUCGAGGACUUCACCGGAGGCAUUGCUGAGUGGUAUGAGUUGAAGAAGCCUCCUCCCAACCUGUUCAAGAUCAUCCAGAAGGCUCUGCAGAAGGGCUCUCUCCUUGGCUGCUCUAUCGACAUCACCAGCGCCGCGGACUCGGAGGCCGUCACGUACCAGAAGCUGGUGAAGGGACACGCGUACUCGGUCACCGGAGCCGAAGAGGUUGAAAGUGCAGGAAGCCUCCAGAAACUGAUCCGGAUCCGAAAUCCCUGGGGAGAAGUAGAGUGGACCGGCAAGUGGAAUGACAACUGCCCAAACUGGAACACUGUCGACCCUGAGGUGAGAGAAAGGCUGACCAUACGACAUGAAGAUGGGGAAUUCUGGAUGUCUUUUGGUGACUUCCUGCGGCACUACUCCCGCCUAGAGAUCUGCAACCUGACCCCUGACACCCUCACCAGUGAUACCUACAAGAAGUGGAAGCUCACCAAGAUGGACGGGAACUGGAGGCGGGGCUCCACUGCAGGGGGCUGCAGGAACUACCCCAACACCUUCUGGAUGAACCCUCAGUAUGUGAUCAAGCUAGAGGAGGAGGACGAGGACCAGGAGGACGGGGAGAGUGGCUGCACCUUCCUGGUGGGCCUCAUCCAGAAGCACCGGCGGCGGCAGAGGAAGAUGGGCGAGGACAUGCACACCAUAGGCUUUGGCAUCUACGAGGUUCCGGAGGAGUUAACUGGGCAGACCAAUAUCCACCUUGGCAAAAACUUUUUCCUCACCACUCGAGCCAGGGAGCGGUCCGACACCUACAUCAACCUCCGUGAGGUGCUCAACCGCUUCAAGCUGCCCCCCGGGGAGUAUAUCCUGGUGCCCUCCACGUUUGAGCCCCACAAGGAUGGGGACUUCUGCGUCCGGAUCUUCUCUGAAAAGAAGGCUGAUUACCAAGCUGUGGAUGAUGAAAUCGAGGCCAGCGUUGAAGAGAUUGAUGUCAGUGAGGAAGACAUUGAUGAUGGCUUCAGGCGGCUGUUUGCUCAACUGGCAGGGGAGGAUGCAGAGAUCUCUGCCUUUGAGCUACAGACCAUCCUGAGAAGAAUUCUAGCAAAGCGCCAAGAUAUCAAGUCAGAUGGCUUCAGCAUCGAGACCUGCAAAAUCAUGGUGGACAUGCUAGAUGAGGAUGGGAGCGGCAAGCUGGGGCUGAAGGAGUUCUACAUUCUCUGGACGAAGAUUCAGAAAUAUCAAAAAAUUUACCGGGAAAUCGACGUUGACAGGUCUGGUACCAUGAAUUCCUAUGAGAUGCGGAAAGCAUUAGAAGAAGCAGGUUUCAAGCUGCCCUGUCAACUCCACCAAGUCAUCGUUGCUCGGUUUGCAGAUGACCAGCUCAUCAUUGAUUUUAAUAACUUUGUGCGGUGUUUGGUUCGACUGGAAACACUAUUCAAGAUAUUUAAGCAGCUGGAUCCAGAGAACACUGGAACAAUACAGCUCGACCUUAUCUCUUGGCUCUGUUUUUCAGUACUUUGAAGUUACAACCGAUCUUCUUGAAGACUUCUUGUGAAAGAAAAUUAGCCAAGGACUAAACUUCCAGACACACCCUUUAUAUCUGGGCCUUAAAGUUAUGGGAACAUUUGCUUUAACUGAUGAUUAUAACUGAAAAUAAUACUAUCUAUUUGAGGUAGCAGAACUUCCACAUAUCAAAGUAAAAGAUUUGCCUAUCAUACUAAAUGCAAGUGAGUUGCUUAACCCUUGAGAAGCUCUAAGAAAGCUUUAAGUCUGUAAAUAGUAUACACUUUUUACUUUUACACACUUUCCUGUUCAUAGCAAUAUUAAAUCAGGAAGAAAUGCAGGGAUGUGCUUCAUAGCUGAGCAAACAUUAAAUCGAUCUCCAAGGCCAAAGGGCCCUUGCUGGGAAUAUUUAAAACAAUUUUAAGUUUAAAAAUGCAACUGUGGCAUCUGCCACAUAGUGGCCUGGGAACUGCCGUUUCCCCUGAGCAAAAGUGGGAAAUGCCAUGCAUUGUGAAGUAGUAUUAUUAAGGCAUCCAAAGAGUCAGAGAGCCAGGAGUGGUGGUGCACACCUGUAAUCCCAGUACUCAGGAGGCUGAGACAGGAGGAUCAUGAAUUCAAGGUCAGCCUGGCUACACAAGUUCAACACCAGCCUGGCCUAAUACAGCAAGAACCUGUGUCCAUUAAAAAGAAAAGAAAGUGCAGGAGAGAAAGCACAACUCCAUCAUUUGGGUUUAACAAGAGGCAGGUUAAAGGUUUUAUGUUAACAAUAUUGACUGAGGUCUUAACCUCAAGUCCUUGGGCAUAUUUGGCCUUAAGCAUUUAUUCUUAUAAAUACUGAAGAGAUUCAUGACCAACAGAACAAGUACCACAACCAGGUGUCCAGUUUGCAAACUGGCACAAAACGAGCUGCAGGCCACCUCAGAGCUUUAUGUACUUCACCACCACGAAUGAUUGUGCACAGUUAGGAAGGACAUGGCUCAGGAGCUCUUGCUGACACAAUACAAGCUGGCUUCCUGACCUUGGGAAAAUGCUAGCAUUAUAAAAGAUAUUGCCUUGUUGCCUUAUCUUCUUCCAACUGUAUUGUUAAAUAAAGAAUUGUCCCCAUGCAACCACACCAUGCUGUGUUUGUCUUCCUGGAGGGUAGCCCCAGUGGGAUGAUUUGUAAGCACACACUAUAACUUGUUUCUG